AUGCCUAUCAGCGAUGGCAUCCCGACGGCCAUCCUCACAGCCCACCGGGGACGCAUUCGGGCGCUGCUUCUGACACUCCACGGCCAGCUGGGCCUCCGGGAGGUUGUCUUUGCAGCCCUGGCCAACCUUUCCCUGCUCGAGCCCCCAGGGCCCGCUGCGGCACCCACGCCCCUCCCCGACUAUGAUUGCUGCGAGCUCUACCAGGUCGUCACCAGGUCUCGCCGUAACCUCCUCCAGUGGCUCCCCCCGCUCCACUUGACCCUUGAAGACCUCCGGCGUGUCCAGACGCGUGUCCGGGGCGACGCCGAGCUCCUCACGUUCUUCCUUGUUGUGAAGCAGCACGUCACCCGGCUCCGAUACACCCACCCCCUGGCACAGCCUGGAGGUCCCGGGCUGGCUGCCGCCCCCGAGGCAAGCGCCCGCUGUCGGGACAUCGGGUACGCCGCAGCAGACCUCCGAGGGUCAACGCGCGCCAGUCUGGACCCCGCAGACCUUCUGGGCGGCCCCUUGGAGGACCCGGCGCUGGCUGUCUGCCGCACCCUCCGGGGCCUUCAUCCGGCUCCCUGGGUCCUUCCCAUGGGCGUCCUUGCGCAGCACUACGGCACGUUUCUGCAGCGAUCCGGGGUCCAGGGGCCGUUCUUUGUGCGCGUCGUCCAGAUGCCCCCGAUCACGCCCUCGGGUGGCCAGGAGUCUCGCCGGCUGUUUUCGCGCCGCCAGUUUCUUGAGGUCGGGCUGUACGUGCGGGCCGGAAGCACGCUCUACACGCUCCUCCUUCCUCUCGUGGCCGUCGGGCGCGCCCUCCAUCACCUCGCCGUGGCCACUCGACUUGCCGCCCCCUGGCCGCUGCUCCUGUCUCCAGACCUGCUCCUGGCAGUCCGUGUCUCCCCCAUCGGCUUCGCCGUCCACGUCCUCUCGACGUUCUGGACCGUCUGCGUCAUCUACAUCUUUCAGCUCGCGAGCGUUCCCAGCCUCGCCGCCCUGGCCGCCCUCUACUGGAAGACCUACGUCGUCACGUACGCCGCCAAGGCCCUCAUCUACAGCACCGCGAACUUCCUGCCGCCCGCGCCAAUCGUCGAGUUCAUCAAGUCUGCAGACCCCGUGGGGGCCGAGGGCGUCCUCUACCACGCGUUCUUCGACGACUUCUUCCGCGAGGACUGCGAGCAGCGGGCCCAUGGGGGCUACCGGAGGGUCGCGCAAGCCCCGGCUGUCUUCAAGCUCCUCGAGGAGGCGAACAUCAAUCUUCCGCAGCCCCAGGGGCCCCGCAUGCACAGCGCCGCAAGGCUUGUGCUCCUGCUGUUGGCCACGCUGCUUCCAAGCUUCGACCCUCAGAGACGCUUCUAG